UCUUCUCUUUUCUCCCCGAGCCGCGUCGCAUGCUUUAGCGCCCGACUGCAGGGAAAAGGCGGUCCCGCAAUGCACAGUGCACAGCACAUAUGGCAUGUACAAUGCUCGUACUGGUAGCCUGUCCUGUAAGUCACAGUUCACAGCCUACAAGGCACACAAGGCACGGCAAUCAUCGCACGCGACGACGGUGCGCGCCGCCCUACGCCUUAGUCCACCAGCACAUACGAGUACACGGACAACUCGCUCAUCCUUCAAGAAAAGAAAGUAAUGAAGGAUCGUCUCGGUUUUCCAACAAUCGCUCAUCUCUUCCCCAAUAGCGUUCGAUGUUCCCACGGAACGGACCUCAAGUUGGAGUUAUUGUCUUUGGACUCCCAUGGUCGGAUCGCCGCAUGUCGGAUUAGAGCGUUCACAUGCAUUAUGCU